GAAAAUGCAGAGAAUAAAAAGGGACCUGAUGUUGACAAAUUUCAUGUCACUGUUCUUAGAAGGUCGUUUGUUUGUGUGAAAGAUUUCUUAUCUGGGAUCUCGCUCUCUCUCUCUCUCUCUCUCUCUCUAACGACUCUCUCUCUCUCUCUCUCCAUAACCUUUCUCUCUUUCAGAGACUGGCCCAGCAGAUCGAAAUCUCCAUCUUUUUUUCCAAUUGAUGACGAUCUAAGCAGCUCCAAAUGGUACUACUCAGGUGAGAGAGAGUAAAGAAGUGGUUAUUUAUGGUUUGAGGCCUCAAGUAAUGUUUUUAGCAUCACUAAUCCGGCUCGGCUGAGUGCUGGGCGACCAUGUUCUUGGAUAGCCUGAAAUUCUUUCGGAAUGGGAACAAAGGUGCACUGUAGAAGCUACUUGCCGGGCUUUUACUCCAUGAGGGAUCUUAAUGAGGACUCUAGUAGUAGUAACUGGCCCAUGUUCUAUGCUGACCGUGCCUUAGCAAAUGGACAAUAUUGCAAUGGCUUCUUUCCUAGCACCGUCACAAACUCAUAUUCAGGGUAUGAGAAGUAUGCAUUAAAGCAGACAAUGCUAGAGCACGAAGCAAUAUUCAAACAGCAGGUGUUCGAACUCCACCGCCUUUACAAAAUACAGAGAGACAUGAUGGAUGAAAUCAGAAGAAAGGAACUUUGUGACCGUCUCAUACCCAUUGAGACAUCUUCUUCAUCAAGUCGGUUGGUAUCUGACAUGCAAUCAGAAGAUGCUCAGAGACGGCAAAAAAAACCCUUCGCCUUGAGUUUUACAGAAGGGAACGACAUCCCAACUGGCAGAGUUCCAUUCGAGAAUGGGAGUAGUUCGAAGGAUUGUGAGAUAUUGGAGUCUAGACCCUCAAAGGUUAGGAAACAGUUAUUUGAUCUUCAACUCCCAGCUGAUGAGUACAUUGACUUUGAGGAAGGGAACCAGUACACUCCAUGUUCAAAUAAUAAGAUUGCUUCCGGGAGCAGUGUAAAGUUUAAUAUGAGUGGUGGUGCAAAGAUAAAUUGCAAUGGAGAUGCCUCAAGAUCUAGUUCUUGUUUGAAGAGCUCUAUUGGGUUGGCUGAUUUGAACGAACCGAUUCAGGUUGAAGAAGUGACUCUUCCCACAGCUGUUGAUUUUAUUGGCUGUGUUCCAGGCCCUGGAGAGAUUAAAGGCCUAGAUUUGGCUGCUAAAAGGAAGCCACAGUUUCUUUUAGGUUUGCCCAAGGAAAAUUUACUGAAUAGUGGAAGCAGUAAUGGGAGUUCGGUUAAUCCCCAUGUUGAGGGUAAAGGACAUGGGCGAGACUGGUUAUCCUAUUGUUAUGAAGCAGGACACCAGCAAAGCCAUCUCAAUUCUUUUACUCAUGAUCUCCAACCGGAAAAAUCUUCUAACUCUUCCCGGCUGAAACAUACUUUGCUUAAUAAAGCUCACCUGGCUGUAGGUUUUCUUCCAUCGGAUCAUGUCAGGGGAGAUCAGUGGAGAGAGCGAACGGUUCAUGGUUUAGAAAUCUCUGAAAAAAGUCGAGAUCUCUUUAAUUUUAACCCUCUGGAUUCAGCUAUGGCCUCCCAUACACCUGAUCCACAUCCGUUUCUUCACUCCUCUGCUUUGGACAGUGGUUGGUCUCACUCCAUCUCAACACGGGGAAAGUGCAAUAGUAGUAGCUUGACACAGAAAUUGACAUCAGUCCAAACUCAUCCACCUUUAAAUUCGUUGGGGUCCUUGAGUAAAAAUUUUCUGCCAUCUGCUCAGAACCGUGAGAUAUUCGGGGACAAGUGGCAUAGUCACACUAGUUCUGGGUCAAGGCCUGGUUUUGGAAGUGGGCUACCUGACUGUAACGGGUUUUACCAUGGAUCUGCAUCCGGAUCUAAGGAUUUAGCAACUCAUUCCCCUUCGGUUGGAUUUGAUUAUUUGAACUGCAAUAAGGAUGUCAAAGAAGCCUCUGAACGCUCGAUUAAUUACAGUACCAGAAGCUACUUAAUGGGCUCAAAUGGUACAGAUUUGUCGGUAAAAGAUAUGAACUUGAACGCUGUCCUUCCAAAAUCCUCAUCCAGUGGUCUUGAGAUUAUAGAUGAAGAAAGGAAAUAUGAGGGCCAUUUGAAAGUUUUGCCUUGGCUUAAAUCUAAGCCCACUUGUAAGAUUGACGGCACAAUUACAGGGAGGGAUUCAAAUUCCUCAGAAAUAAGCUUCUUACGAGUUGCUUCUAACCACUUGUCAUGCAAAAGUGAGAUCGUGAAAGGAAACAACCACCUUCUUACCCCGAAGAUAACGUUAGCUUCAUGUGAUGACCAUGAUGUUGGGGCCCAGAGGAAUGAGGGGGGUGACUACUUGGCAAAGAGAAAGAUCCCCGGGUUUCCCUUUUUUGACAACCGUUGUACUCCUAAGAAUGAUUCUUCUUCUCUUGUCUCCACCUCUGCAUCUCUCCGAUGCACUGAACACAAAGAAGACGACGUUAGAAAAGGUGGCAAAAUUGGAGUGAUUGAUAUAAACUUGGCUUGUGAGCCAGAGUGUGACACAUUCAUUGCCGCAGACGUACUGGUUGUAGAGAAGGAAGAGGAUAUUAAAGAAGUUGCCAAUUUCAGAGCUCACUUUGAUUUGAACUCUAGUUUGGGCGAGGAUGAAGUUACGUUAGUGCCCUCGGUUGCCAGCAUGGGUGUCAAUGUGAAGAUUGCGGUGGAGAUAGAUCUUGAAGCCCCUGCUUUUCCGGAGACUGAGGAAGAAGGGACGCCGCCUGCUGAAGAACAGCAGUGUGAGCUUCCUUUAAAUUUGCCACAGCACAAAGCUGAGUUGUUUGAGGAUGAAGUUUCCAUAAUGGCAGCUGAGGCAAUAGUUGCCAUUUCGUCAUGCAUGCGUACAUAUUGUAUGGAGAAGACCACUUGUCACCCAUCUGAAGGUCCUAGAGCAGAUUCCCUCCUAUGGUUCGUAGAGGUAGUUUCCUCUUUUACGGAUGAAUCGAAGGGUUACGAAGAUGGUGGAGAUAAUGAGACAUCUUCUUGUGAUGAGAUCGAUUACUUCGAAGCCUUGACAUUGAAUCUAACUGAGGUGAAGGAAGAAGAGUACAUGCCUAAACCUCUGGUUCUUGAAAACCAAAACUUGGAAGAAACAGGAACCGAUAUAUUACCAAGUCGCGUCCGGAAGGGCCAGGCAAGGAGAGGGAGGCCGCGGAGGGACUUUCAGAGGGACAUUCUUCCCGGACUUGCUUCUUUGUCGAGGCACGAGGUGACCGAGGAUCUUCAGAGGUUUGGAGGGUUGAUGAAAGCGACUGGUCAUGUUUGGAAUUCAGGAUUGACAAGGAGAAAUGGGGGUGCGAGGGGAAGAAGGCGGUCUGUGGCGGUGGUGGACCAUGAACCGGCGGUAGCGUCAACAAGCGCUAUUUGCAUCCCACUGAUGCAGCAGCUUAAUAGCAUUGAAGUUGGAUUGGAAGAUAGAAGCCUAACCGGGUGGGGAAAGACACCCAGGCGGCCCCGCCGCCAAAGAUGCCCUGCGGGUAAUCUUCCUCCGUCUAUCGCUUCAACCUAAUCACGUCUAGUGUGGGGUGACUGAGGUAUCGUAACGUUCAAGCAUUUUUUCGUGCUUUUCCUGGAUGAAGCUGCAAUCAAAUGCAAAUUCGCUAGUCUUCUCUUCGCAAAAGGAAUACCAUGAAUCCCUUUUUCCUUUCCGCAAGAACCAAGAGAUCAGGCCGAUCAAAAAACCAAACCAAGAGAUUGGAUCUAAUCGUAAGAAGAAUGCUUGGUAUAAAUAACUCGCGUCUUGACUUAGAAGGCUUUGAUUUUAUAAAAGGAGAGAACUUCAUGGGAGGAAGUUAGGAAGUGGUAGGGAGGUGUACUUUAUGGGUUUGGGGAGUGUGAGUUUGUUGUUAGUUAUGGGGGCUGCCUUUGUACAUGUUUUUUCUUGGCUCAUUAUUUGGACCACCUUGAUUUUCUGUCUCUGGGUUACCCAAACUAUAAUUUAAUUUUUCACUAAUAAUAUUAAUAAGUUUGCAUGA